GGGACCUGCCCCUGGUGCCCACCUCUCCUGGCACCGCCCCUCCCGUUAAUCAGGUGCCUAGGACCAAGCUGAGGAAUUCAACUCAGGUUCCCAUGGCUACAGAAUCACUCUUGGAACUGUCAGAGGGUAGUGUGACCUUUGAAGAUGUGGCGGUGUACUUCUCAUGGGAAGAAUGGGAUCUUCUCGAUGAGCCUCAGAGAAACCUGUACCUUGAUGUGAUGCUGGAGAACAUGGCACUUACGUACUCAGUGGGUUGCUCACGAGUAGCAGAGCAUGAGGUGGCACCUUCUGAACUGAGCAUUUCUGCAGGAUUGUCUCAAGUCAAGACUUCCAGAGAAGGUCCAUCUUCCCAGGGUGCCUGCCCUUAUGAUGUCUCGGGAGACAUGCUGCACUUGGCUGCCCACCAUGGAAAGGAAGUGUACACAUGUGGAGAACAACUCUACUUCACUACAAAUCUUCCACAGCAACAGAGGCAGUCCGUUAAGGAGGUCCUCUGCAGAAGCUAUGCUGAGAGACUCUCACUUGUGAAGAGCUGCAGUGUCCAUUUGUCAGGGCAACCCUUUACCUGCAAGGAAGCUGUGAAGGCCUUCCUGGUCAGCAUGGGAUUUCCACCCCAACCAGGCACUGAUGCACGGGAGAAACCAAGUAACAGAAACAAGUGUGUGGCGGCCUCUCACCAUGGAAAAAGUUGUCCAAGCAGGGGAAAAUGCAAGAAAGCCUGCAGUCCUACACCUGCUCAGGACCAUACUGUCCUCUCUAAAGAAGGGCUUUUUGAGUGCAGUAAAUGUGGGAAAGCCUGUACAAGACGAUGUAAUCUCAUUCAACACCAAAAAGUCCACAGUGCAGACAGACCUUAUGAAUGUAAUGAAUGUGGAAAAUUCUUUACAUACUAUUCCAGCUUCCUUAUACAUCAGAGAGUUCACACUGGUGAAAAGCCUUAUGAAUGCAGUGAAUGUGGGAAAUCCUUUAGUCAAAUCUAUAGCCUCAAUAGCCACAGGAAAGUUCAUACUGGAGAAAAGCCUUAUGAGUGUGGAGAAUGUGGGAAAUUUUUUAGCCAACGGUCCAACCUCAUUCAGCAUCAGAGAGUUCACAGUGGAGAAAGACCUUAUGAGUGCAGUGAAUGUGGGAAGUCUUUUAGUCAGAAUUUUAGCCUCAUUUAUCACCAGAGAGUGCACACUGGAGAAAGACCUCAUUUGUGCAGUGAAUGUGGAAAAUCAUUUAGCCGAAGUUCUAGCCUCAUUCACCACCGGAGACUUCACAAUGGAGAAAGGCCUUAUGAGUGCAGUAAAUGUGGGAAAUCUUUCAAGCAGAGCUCCAGCUUCAGUUCACAUCACAAAGUCCAUACAGGAGAAAGGCCAUAUAUUUGUGCAGAAUGUGGGAAAUCCUUUAGCCAUAGCUCCAACCUUAAGAACCACCAAAGAGUUCACACUGGAGAAAAGCCUCUUGAGUGCAGCGAAUGUGGGAAAUCCUUCAGCUGCAAAUCUAACCUCGUUAAACACCUAAGGGUUCACACUGGAGAAAGGCCUUAUCAAUGCAGUGAUUGUGGGAAGUCAUUUAGCCAAAGUUCCAGCCUCAUCCAGCACAGAAAAAUUCAUACUAGAAAAAGGCCUUAUCAGUGCAAUAAAUAUGGGAAAUCCUUUGGUGGCAAAGCUGUCCUCAUUCAUCAUCAUAGAGUCCACACUGGAUAGAAACCUUAGCUGUGAAGGGAAUGUACACUUUAUAUUGCAGUUACUCUGAAGGAGACCAUCUGUGUGAGCGCUAUCUAUCUGGGUGGAAGCCCCAGUAUCCUAAGUUCCAGGGAUGAGGAGGCUUUAUAGAUCUCUAUUACACUUUCUAACUUGUAUACAGCUCUUGCCAUUCAUAUCCCUGACCCACUUUUGUACCAGAGACCCUGAUAAAACUCUUUGGGAUAGCUUCCCAAGAAAGACUCUUUUAAAGAACACUCUUAUCUUGUGAUAUUAUUUUCCCCCCAUCCUCAAAUCGCCAGUCCAGGAACAUCUGCCUCACGUUGUUUCAGUUUUUGUAAGAAUAAAGUAUUUAUUUAUUUUUAUGCUUAUGAGUAUUGCCUGCAGGUGGGUAGGUGCACCCAUGUUGCACAAUGCCUGUGCAGAGGUCAGAAGAAGGCAUCAGAUCUGCUGGACCUGGAGUACAAAUGGUUGUUAGCCACCAUAUGGGUACUAGGAAUUGAACCCAGGUCCUCUGCAAGAGCAAUCAGUACUCUUAACCACUAAGCCAUCUCUCCAGCCCAAGUCUUUAUUAUUUUACCUGCUUGUAAUAUUGGGAUUCUGUUCACUGUAUGAGAUAGAUUAAACAACAGAAUUAGGUCCUUCUAUCAUAGACUGAACAGAUUUUGUUUGGGUUGUGGAGGUGGAGGUCACAUAAUGUGUUUGAAGUACACAUUAUAGUGGAAGAAUACAGUUCUCUUCCCUGUUUGGGCCUAAUUUAAAUGGUUACCCAAGGCCUCUGCAGAAGGACUGCAAGGAUUUAUGACACUAAGUUGUGAACUGGAUGUGACCAUUUUUUUUUAUGUGCUCGAGAGACAUCUUGAGAAUAUAGGACAUUGUGACAACUUCUGUCUCUGGGAACGACAUAAACUGUCUUCUUGUGAGGAUUCAUGUGUAUUAAAGUUCUCAGGAUCUACAUGGAAGUUUAUCUUCUGUAACUGGAG